UGAAUAUUUGGUCGUCAUGGAGCCUCCAGAUUUCCCUCCGAAAGUCGAUAUUUUAUCUGAAAUAUAUCAGCCAUUACCAGAGGUGAUAGAUAAUGUCGAUUGGGGUGGACUUGAUGCAUCUAAAUCGACACAGCAGGUAAUAAGAGACUUAUCGUCAGCAUUGGAACAAGGCAGUACCCCUUUGGCGAAUCUCUUCCUAUCUCAUGGAUCCUACUGGAAGGACACUCUUGCAAUAACCUCCCAUCUAAGGACCUUCAAGGAGCGUGAAGUGAUUGCACUCGCUCUGAGGGAGCAGAAUCAACAUCGUCGCAUUUACGAAAUUACUAUCACUCCAGGGUCAGCACAAGUUGUAGUUGCAAGCGAGACGCUGAAAUGGCUAGAAUGCUUCUUCACAUUCAAAACUACCGAGCCUCAAGCAAGCUGCGGCGGCAGGGUGAUGUUACUUCCCCAGGUUUCCGAAAGCGGCUUGGUCCGCUGGAAUAUUUGGACUCUGUCCACUUGGCUCUCGGAUUUUGACUUGUAUCCCGAGGACGAGCAGCUCCUGCGCGCCCCAUUCAAGCCCUUGCCGUCGAGUGAGGAGGACCACAUGACUACCGACGUUCUCAUCAUUGGUGGAGGAAAUGCGGGCGUAAUUCUUGCUGCUCGCCUGAAGGCACUGGGAGUCGACUACUUGAUCAUCGAUCAGAAUGAGAAUGUGGGCGACAACUGGACGCUCAGAUAUGAUUGCCUUCGUUUCCACGUAGGCAAGUCAUUUUGCGAGUUGCCAUAUCUGCCAUAUCCCAAGGAUGCAACAAAUGGUUUGACUCGAGAAGAGCUAGCCGCUCAAAUCAAACGCUUCGUUGAUGAGUUUCACCUCCACGUGCUCCAUUGCACUACAGUCAAUGCAACCACGUUCGAUAAUAGAAGUAAGUCAUGGACGAUCAAGUUGCUUCGUAAUACCGUCGAGAAGACCGUUACGUGCAAACACCUGGUUCUGGCUACUGGUGUGGGCUUUCAAGGUCCUUACAUGCCAAAACUUCCCGGCAUUGAAAAGUAUGGAGGCAUCAAUAUACACUCUACCAGUUAUAAAAACGCAAGUCUGCUCGCUGAGGGAGGUGUCAAGUCCGUCCUAGUUAUCGGAUCAGCCAACACCGCUUUCGAUGUCAUGGAAGACUGUUAUGAUGCCGGACUCAAAACAACCAUGAUACAGCGCUCUCCGACUUAUGUGAUCCCCAUGUCUUCCCUCCUCCACCCAAAUGGCCUCGGAGUCUUCGACUACGUGCCAGCCGAGGUGGGCGAUGUGAUCACCCAAGCAGGUCCUCUGGCCGUAGGAGGACCGCUGCUAGGUCUCACACAUGCCACAUUGGCAGCUGCCGAGCCGGAAAGGUAUGCCAAUCUCGCUAAAGCUGGAUUCCAAGUGACCGACUGCACUCAAUCCGACUUAGUGCAACACCUACUUGAACGCUGCGGUGGCCACUUUGUCGAUAUUGGUACUGGGGUGGAGUUGCUAGCCACCAAAAAGGUGGGCAUCAAGUCAGGCGUUUCACCCACGUCGUACACAGACAACGGCCUGGAGUUUACCGAUGGAAGUACGCUAGAUGCAGAUGCUAUUAUUUGGUGUACCGGCUUCAAAGGGAUAGAUAUUCGCCAGGGCCUUCCCGAGAUACUAGGCGAAGGGGCAGAAGUAAUCAAGAACAAAAUGGAGGCUACCUGGGGUGUGGAUGCUGAAGGAGAAGUUCGUGGUUUGUGGAAGAGACAUGAGUACGUGGAUAACUUCUGGAUCUUCUGUGGUGGUGCAGCUCAGCAUCGGUGGUACUCGAAGGUGGUGGCGUUGCAGAUCAAGGGCAUGUUGGAAGGCAUUCUACCUGAUGCUUAUAGGGAUGUGCCUGCUUCAAAUUUUCAGUAGGAAUGCGAAUGAAUUGGUUGCGCAGACAUACAGAGAUGAGUUCUGUGACGAUGAUCUUGGUGAUUUGUUAAUAAGGAAUGCCACCACUUGAAGAGGGAGGAGUUCAGGAUACUUCUUCGGAAGAACUGACAGAAGGGGGGAAAAGAUUUUUGAGUUGCAUAACCCCUCCAGGAAUAUCAGAGUAAGUGAUAUUCGCCCUUUCCGUUUAUUAGACGACAUGAAUCAAGUGGGGACCUCUACUUCCCUCACUGCUACCAAACAACAGCUGUCGAUCCAAUUCCGAGCAUUCCAAUCGAUCCCAAGCAG